AUGGGGCAGGUAAUGUCGGAUGAGCAGCAGACUCAUCGCUCCAAAGAAGAGCUGCUGCAGGACCUCGCAGUCCGAUUCAAAGAGAAGUGCUUCACUUCGCUUGAGUUUUACUCGCUCAAAGAUGUCUUCAAGACGCUCGCCGAUCACCAAGGAGGCGUCUCGUACCUCAAAGAAGAUACCAUCGCCCGCUAUCUAGAGAUACCCGACAUUCUCGGCGCCUCGCCAGUCUUAUUCCAGAUGGUGUCGUAUAUAGGUGCAUUUCCAUUCCUUGCCGAAGCACCCGUGAUUCUUGAGCUUCCCCAUCUAAUAAUGGUCGUGGUGAUCAUGACGGAACGGUACAAGCGGGUCCUGGCUCGCGGUUCGACAGACCGUACCAAGCUGCUGUUCAAGAGCAUGGCAGUAUACGACCGCAAAGCCUCCAUGACAAGUCCAACCUCGCCAACAGCCACCACCGAUGAGACGAGCCAGUCCGGAAACAAGUCGCUGGGAUUCGCUGUUGAUCAGCCUGGACAGGAAGAUGAUGACGACUACGCCGACGAUGACCUCGUCCUUACCGCUUUUGAGCUAUUGAAUAUCGGAGAUGCUAUCAAACAAGGAAAUGUACCCGAGGUGCAUGGCGCAAUUAUACCGACAGACAACUUUCGCAAGCUCGUGAUGCUACUGCUUCUCGUUGCUCCCUUGGGUGAGCAAGACAGCCUAUCGCAGUACUCCGACCGGGUCACGGGCACCGAGCUUGAGCACCUAAGAUCUUCGGCAGAGAGCAUUAUAUCAUCUUUUGUUGAUGCGGAAACAUCCCCCGGUAUUCGAUACAACGACUUCAAGCGGCUGAUGCCCAUCAUUGCACCAAAUCUAUUCAGUGGAUUCAACAACCUCUUUGGGCACUUUCUGUUCUCGAAAAAUCUUGACUUUACCAAGCACAAGGGCGAUGAAACCAAGUUGGAGGAUAAGCCCGCAAAGCUGGCUCAGCCAUUGGUGCUUAACAACGGCGAAAUUCUAACUGGCCAUCUCUUGGCUCAAAUAUCGACAUUUUUGCCCGCAUCUGACCUAUUUCAUCGUGUCCGCUUAUUGUACUCUGGAAACGAGUCAGGCUUCUCAAUCGGUAGCUUCGAGUCCAAGGUAUUCAACUGGACUGCCCCUACGCUAUUGCUGGUGAGCGGAAGCCGAGUUGAAGAUAAGCCGGAAGGCGGACAAGAAACCAACUUUGCCGAGUCUCUGCCUCUGAAGCGAUUCCCAAAUGGCAGUAAAGGCGAACGUGUCACAUUUGGCGUCUAUGUUCGGGAGCCGUGGAAGCACACACACAAAGAUUGCUUUGGUGACUCAGAGACGGUCUUAUUCCAACUAGAGCCUGUCCACGAUGUCUUUCGGGCGUCGACCAUCAACACCGACUACGUCACAUUUACCAAGGCACCCUCUCAUCAACCCUACAUGGCCUUUGGGUGUCCCCAUCCCAAACCAACAAAAUCGGGCCGCACCAACGGCACAUUCUCCCUGGGCGCGGUAUCGCUGCUGCUCGAUGACUCGUUUGAGUUUGGCGUCUUCAACCACGAUUAUGCAUCCCGCGGCGGCGCGUUCCGCACGAGCGCAGUUCGCAAGUCCAACUUUCAGGAUCGCUUCCAGGUUGAGAGGCUCGAGGUAUGGGGCUGCGGCGGCGACAAGGAAGCCGCAGCGCAGGCGGAGAGAUGGGCGUGGGAGGAACGCGAAGCCGAGGCGCGCCGCAGGGUCAACCUGGGCUCUGGGAAUCAAGAGCAAGACCGGGCGCUGCUGGAAAUGGCAGGACUAAUUGGAAAUAAUCGCAGCGGAGGCUCCAUGGCAUAA